GUGUCGAAUUUGCUGCUGAAUUGUAUGACUUUUUAACGGAAGACCUGCAGUUUCCAACGGUCCUUAGGAAUGAAGUACAAGUUAGCAUUAUUCAGAGUUCCGAUCACAUCCUAAAUACCUAUGACAAAAAGAUCAGCGAUUUCGCAGAGAAAAAAUUCAAACGUGAUAACAUUAAUGUGAUCACUAAUGCUCGUGUACAGAAAGUCCUAAAAGAUCACAUUGUAUACAAGAUGAAAAAUGGGAACGAAGAGAGGGAGUUGAAGUAUAGCGCGUGCAUCGUUUAUAGAUUUCAGAAAAUGACAGUGUUCAAUGCCUUCGAUUCCAUGC